AUGAGUAUCGGUGACAUAUGUUUUGGGCUGGUGAGAUAAUCAAGAUAUUUUGCUGUAUCAUAGCCUACAGCUUGUUUAGCUGAAGCUUCUGCUACCUCUGUCAAGCCAGGGUGGUGCUGCUGACGGUGAACUCUCUCAUUUUUUGCGCAACGGACGUUUGACCCUGCCUGGCCAGGAGAAAGCUGAAGAAGUGCUCCCCUGACGGUUUGCGGCGCCGUAUAAGGUGUUCCGACUGACCCUCGCCUGGAUGACAAAUCGAGUAAUGAGCCCUUCGACUUUCGGUGUUUUUUCUUGGGAGGCAGCUGCCACGCAGCUGAUGAGAUGUGCAUGCCGCCUGUCUAUCGCUACAAGAGCAUUAUAGCAGGUAUAAAAGACCUGCAGCUCUUAUUCACUUGCACUCAGUAUCCAUUUGUUGUGAUAGUAGAGAAUACCUAUCUACUAAAUCCUACAAAUCACAUAUCCUCCUUGAUAACAACACACAUGUGGCCGUCACCCUCGCAUCGAGUAUAUGGGUCGACCGGGAGGGCGCUCGCCAGCUUGGUGUACGACCUGGGCGGAAUAGCCCUCUCGAUGCCGGGGAUCACAUUCGCCCUGAUCCGGGGUGGGAUCCAUGCCACGGCCAGCAACCUUCACGAUAUUCGUGAGGUCCUGCGCGAUCUUGCGCACGAAGAAGGCAGCAAGACUGCCAGGCAAUGGGUGCACCAUUGGGAAAUACUGGGAAAGUUUUACCUCACCUUAUGCUACGUAGACGUCAGUGCAUGCUUCUCCAUCACGCCCAUAGGUUGAGGGUCCAACUACUUAUCCUAUAGCCCCCUCCCAAACCCUUCUAACCAUCACGACAUGCCGAAUUGCGGCACUUGCUCUCCUCCUGGGUAUGGGCGAUCUCCUUCGGGGUAUUCAACCAGCAUGCGCGGUCUACAUGGUCUGGCAAUAUGCGGAGAUCACCCGGAAUACAAACGGACUGAUGGUGGCCGCCUUCCGGGCCAAUCGGAUCCGCCGAGACACCGAAAUGGCGCAACGGAGCACCUUUGCCGACGAAGGUGUCCACAGCCUGCGAGCCCGUGACGACUGAGUGUGACUCAGUGAGCUUUAGCUGCAUAUAGACAAGGAAGGAAUGCAGCUACCUUUCAUCAUGAUGCACGCGUAAGUAGAGCAUGUUGACAUCUUCCAACGAGACAACCUUCUUUUACUGCUCUACAGCUCCUGCCAUCAUCAUGAUAUUCCUCAAUCUUUGACCUGCAGUUGUCUCGCUUGACUCUGACACGGGGUCGAGGUGCGUAUCCUCGAACCAACGCAUGAUGCAUGAUGUCCCAUGAGUGCGUUUUUUCCAAAAUGAGUCAGACACAAGACUCCUGAGUAGCAUAGGCUACUAUCGGUGCAGAAAUGA